UUUUGCGACAUCCACAAACAAAAGAUAUAACCAUGCUGCUGUUGUUGACAGUAGUCGGGUGUACAGUUUUGCUGGUCAUUUGUAUUCUUUGUAUUGUCAUUAACCUUUCUGCUAAUAAGAAGAAAGGGACAGCAUCGGUUUUGGCUGUGAUGGGAUCAGGAGGACAUACCAAAGAGAUGUUAAGCCUUUUGUCUGGGUUGGGUCCUCACUACCGUCCUCGGUAUUAUGUCAUUGCCAACACUGAUACAAUGAGCAAGCAGAAAGUGGAGGAGUUUGAACAAAAGAAAAAUAUUACAGAAAACUCUAAACCUGAGUUCUCCUUGGUUUUGAUUCCCAGAAGCCGAGAAGUAGCACAAUCCUGGGGGAGUACCGUACUUUCAACCCUUUAUGCUUUAUUCAAAUCAUUUCCUGUUGUCUUCAGCUGUAAUCCUGACCUUAUUAUAUGCAAUGGCCCAGGCACCUGUGUUCCAAUAUGUCUGGCAGGAUUGUUAUUAAAGAUACUGCGUCUGGGUAGGGUUCAGAUUGUGUACGUGGAGAGCAUAUGUCGUGUGGACACCCUGUCCAUGUCAGCAUGGAUGCUGUAUUAUGUGGCUGACCAGAUGUUAGUUCAGUGGCCCUCACUACAGACCAAGUUUCCCAGGACACAGUACAUCGGCAAGCUUGUCUGACCAUCAGUCUCAUGACUGCCAUGUGUCUUUCAUGAAAGUGCAAUAAGUAAUUGCUUCCAGCAAGAUAUUGGUCAAGAAGAGAUACCAUUUUGUAAAUUUUGAUAUUGUCAGAUACUUGGACUUUGAAUGAAUGCAACUAAUGAAUUAAUAGACCUGUUCAUUAAGUAGGUUAAGAUUGUUCUUGUACAUGUAACACAAACUUGAGCAUACUUAAAAUAAUUAUUUGGGUCAUUAUGACUAAUACAGAGCAAAAUCAUUAUGAAAGCAAAAUAGCAAGUGCUCCACUGUCAGAUUCAAACAUUUGGACAUAACACAAAAACACUUUAUAUGAACAGUUAAGUGUUUCAGUGUAUAGUAUUCCAUCUUUACAAUCCAAGGGUCAUUUUUUAAUCUCAACUCUACAACAGGAGUAAAAAAUUUGAAUUGAAAACCCAUGUACGCAUAUUUAAUACGUAAUGUUGUAUAAAUACUUCAAAAGAAAAUCUGUAAUAAAGAUUUUUUAAAAAUACAA